CCUCCAACCAUUUGCACAUCGUAUUGACCCUUCCAAAUGACCCAGCCUUCCGUCCCUGUGAGAAACUCCAGCUCCUUCUGUCAGACCUGGCUAAGGUCACCUCCUCCAAGAAGUCCUCCUUGAACCUCAGGUACAGCUAGUCCCCCACCCUUUGUCCCCACCUGUGCAUACCUGUUCCACAUUCUGUUGUCAUUUAAAAGUUGUCUGCGUCCCACUCCUCUCUGCAAACCUAGCAGCUGUCACAGAGCUGGCGAGUAUGUGGAAGGUGCUCAGUAAGCAUUUGCAGGGUGCGUGAAUGAGAAUGAGUGGCUGUCCACGCGUGUGACACGAGACCAGAGGAGCGCCUGGGCACUGCCCCUAUGCCUCCUCAGCCUAAGCUUACCCCUCUACUCUCAGGUAGACCCUUCGACCCUCAGGUAUACAUUGUCAGGUCCACGGUCAGAGUGAUUGGGGCCCUUGUGUUUGGCCACUGCUUCUUCUCGGAGGAUCCUACCUUCCAGGAACUGACUCAAGCCAUCGACUUUGGCCUGGCCUUUGUCAGCACCGUGUGGCGCCGGCUGUACGACAUGUUUCCCUGGGCCCUCCGCCAUCUCCCAGGACCUCACCAGGAGAUGUUCAGGUACCAGGAGGCUAUAAGGGGCUUUAUCUACCAGGAGAUCAUCAGGCACAAGCUUAGGGCACCUGAGGCCCCCAAGGACUUCAUCAGCUGCUACCUGGCCCAGAUCACUAAGGCCACAGAUGACCCUGUCUCCACAUUCAACGAGGAGAACCUGAUCCAGGUGGUGACUGACCUGUUUCUGGCUGGCACUGACACCACAGCCACCACCCUGCGCUGGGCGCUCAUCUACAUGGUCCAGCACAGAGCCAUCCAGGACAGGGUGCAGCAGGAGCUAGAUGAGGUGCUGGGUGCUGCCUCUGCUGUCUGCUACCAAGACCGAAAACGACUACCCUACACCUGGGCUGUCCUCCACGAGGUGCAGCGCCUCAGCAGCGUUGUGGCUGUGGGCGCCGUGCGCCAAUGCGUGACAUCCACCCACGUGUGUGGCUACCCUAUACCCAAGGGCACCAUCAUCUUGCCCAACCUGGCCUCCGUGCUCUAUGACCCCGAGUGCUGGGAAACCCCUCGACAGUUCAACCCUGGCCACUUCCUGGACAAGGAUGGAAGCUUUGUGGUCAAUGAGGCCUUCCUGCCAUUCUCUGCAGGGCAUCGGAUGUGCCCUGGGGACCAGCUGGCUCGAAUGGAGCUCUUCCUGAUGUUUGCCACCCUCCUGAGGAACUUUUGGUUCCAAUUGCCAGAAGGGAGCUCAGGUCUCAGGCUGGAGUACAUCUUUGGGGGCACCCUGCAGCCCCAGCCCCAGGAGAUCUGUGCAGUGCCCCGCCUGGACAGCCCCAGCCCAGGUCCUCGGGCAGAGGGCCAAUAG